CAGCGCCCUGAGGGUGAGGUGGGGUGUUGCUGUCACGUGAUGUGCGCUAACACUGCUUCACGGUGAGGAACCCAGGCAGGCCAAUUAGACCGACGACUCUUGAGGCGCAAGAACUCAUGAGAGUGACAACUCAGCACCCAGACUUUCGCAUCACCGCUGUCACGCAACCGGCAAUCGUAUAGGAUGGCUGACGCCGCUCGCUGGAAAGCGACUAUCUUCGUCGGCGGACUCGCGCCUACAGUCACACAGAGCCAGGUUUUGGACGCCUUUAUCCCGUUCGGCGAGAUUGUUGAGACUCAACUUCCCAAACCCGAUUCGCGGAACUCGACAGAUACCCACAGAGGGUUCGCGUACGUUGAAUUUGAGGAUGCCGACGACGCCAAGGAAGCCAUCGAUAAUAUGGACCAGUCCGAGUUCUUUGGCCGCAUUCUCAAGGUUUCACAGGCAAAGGCGCCCAAGAGUGCAGAAGAGGGCCUAGGCAGCAAGAAAGCUAUCUGGGAGCAGGAAGGCUGGUUGGCCGAGCACGCUGGGACGCAUGAGAACGGCACGACGAACGGCCAUGACCAGGCCGUGGACGACGCGCCAGAUCCCAUGCAGGGGCUGGAGGGACUGGAUGUUGCCGGACCAAAGCCUGCUUGAGAUUUUACUGUUUCCUGUCACAUUUUUGCAUAGCGAUGGCGUUGCGAGAGCCACGGGUUGUACGGCGAGCGAUGGGGGUGGAGACCACCUAAAUUCACGGUCGCGGCGCAUGCGGGCAGUUGAAUGGACAAGAUCAACUCGUGCGAUUGAGUCUCUGUUUGCCUUGUGGAGAUAUACAGUAAUCCACCUUCCGCGACAAAGUAAAACAUUGCUGGC